GUGCGAUUUUGCAGAAAGAGGUGAAUGUUUGGCAAGAGUAAUAUGUGAUGGCAAGGAACAAAUCGUAUUAAUAAAUAAAGAGUCACUCGGUCAAUCCUAUUUGAAACAAAUACAAAUAGGCAAUGAAGUGACAAAGUCUAUUAAUCUAUCAGUGGAUGAUUGCAGUCCUUCAGAUGAUGAUUCAGUAUUGUGCUCAACAGUAAACAAAAAUAUAAUAGAUGAAUUAUUGAUCGAAGAAGUCAGAAAGAGACCCCCUAUAUACGAUUACACACUGCCUUUGUCUUUCCGUGGCAGACACAAAGUUGCAGAGUUGUGGGCAGAAAUUUCUAAUGCUCUUAAAGGUCAUUUAAGUGCUGAAGAGGCGAAAAAGAAGUGGAAAUCCCUGAAAGACACGUACAGUAAAUUAGUUGCUGACGAAAAAAAACCCAGCGGAUCAGCAAGGUCACAACAGAAACCACCAUGGAAACAUUUUGAAGCAAUGUCCUUCUUACGUUCGGUGUCAAAACACAAACCCGUCAACUCAGGCGAGAAACCCAUCCACGCCGUGCCAAGAAACCCUCUAUAGGAUAGAAUAGCUGAACUUCGAAAUAUCUCCCAGCUAUUCAAAGGAAAAAGGAUAAUUGCGAGACAUUACAAAAUGUCUAUUAAUUAUCGGAAUUACCAGUGGUUGUUAGAAUGCAAUAGCAUUAUCAAUCACGAAUAUCACAAACAAAACGUUGAGUUAAUUGCAGUAAUAUCACUAAUUGCAAAUACAAUAAGAGCCAAACAGAAAAAGAAGAGGGUUUGGGUGUCAAAAAUAUUUGCAGAAAGAAAAAGACACGGAUUCUAUCAUGCAAUAUUGCCCAAUGUAAGGUUGGAAGAUCUUCGUUUCCAGAAUUACACAAGAAUGACAGCCACACAGUUUGAAGAACUCUUGUCAAUAGUAGGACAGGAUAUACAGAAACUUGAUGUUUUGCGUGAACCAAUAAAUGAAGAGCAACGUUUGAUAGUGACUGUAAGAUAUCUUGCCUCAGGAGAUAGUAUGACAUCUUUGUCAUAUCAGUUUCUCAUAUCGUUAAGUAGCAUUACACGGAUUAUACGUGAAACAUGUUCUGCUAUCUGGGAGCGUUUAUAUCCAAUUGUACUGUCACAAUGUGACACAGACGACUGGAGAGAGAUCGCAAACGACUUUGAAAAUAGAUGGAAGUUCCCUCACUGUGUUGGUGCGAUUGAUGGAAAGCACGUUGUCAUUCAAUGUCCUGACAACGCGGGAUCAGAAUAUUACAAUUAUAAAGGCACUCACAGCAUUAUUUUACUUGCAAUUAGUGAUGCUAAUUACAUAAUACGUUGUGUUGACAUUGGAGCUCCUGGAAGGCAGGGUGAUGCAGGUCUGUUUAAAAAUAGUGCCAUGGGCCUGUUAUUGGAAAGCAAAGAAUUCAAUCUCCCACCUCCUGAAGCAUUAUAUGAAGAUGGUCCAAUUUUACCCUACGUAUUGGUAGGAGACGAGGCAUUUCCACUAACCGAAUACAUGAUGCGACCAUAUCCAGGCAAAGACAUGACAUUAGAGAAACGAUUGUAUAAUUAUCGUUUAUCACUUGCUCGAAGAACGGUCGAGAAUGUGUUUGGCAUUUUAGCUAGCCAAUGGCGACUGCUAAGACGACCAAUUCUAGCAAAAGUUGAAAAUGCAAUUAAAAUGGUUCAAGCAAUUGUAUGUCUUCACAACUGGCUCAGAAGACAUGAUGUUGAGCGAGAAACUUACGUAAGACAGGAACUUACAGAUCGGCUUCUAGCAGACGGAGAUAUUGAAGACGGUUCUUGGAGAAACAAUGUUGCAGAUUAUCGUUCAUUUACUAACAUUAGAUGUACUCACGCAAGAGCGCAUUCGUUGCGCGCAGCUAACAUUCGAGAAGAAUUCUGCAGAUAUUUUAAUGAAGAGGGAGAAGUUGCUUGGCAAAAUGUGCAAAUAUACAAGUGAAUAAUUUAUGUAGUUUGAUUAUGUAGUUUUAUUAUCAAAAUAAUAAAGAUAUGCUCACUGAUAACAAAUAUCUUAU